AUGUCCAUGAUAACGACGUACAAUGUAAAAAAUAAUAAAGGUGUACUUGAGGGUAAUUGGGUCGAGGAAAAUGCUCUUCGUGACAAAACUGGUUAUACCCGUCGAAAAGUGCCGACUACUCUAUUCGAACCAGAUCCGAGAACUUCUCGUAUUGAACCGACGUACGAGCGUGUUCUCUUGCAUGAUAUGCCUGCAGCACUGUCUUGCAACAGCCAUGCUAGUGAGAUUAAGCCACCACAGUUUGAAACAACUUAUCAAGCGAGUACACAUUAUUCUGACUUUUCCGCAAGAAAUCCUGGACCUGGACCUCGAACCUCUCUUCGUAACGAAAGUUUAGCUGAAACAGCAAGAUGUCUGUACUUCGAGCAGCGUGCAAAAGAACGGGAAGCACAAGAGCGCGAAAAUCAGGAAGCGACACGCACUACAGUAUCGAAGAGUUCGUUCAUACCUUUUCAUACUUCGGCGUUGGUUAGGGAUCGCAUUCCUCGAGGACGAAAUGGAUCGAUGACGCGUCAGGUGGACCACAAUGUACAACAUUUGACCAAGGCGCAGAGUGAUAGCAUUGAUCGAAUGAAACUUGAUCUCCAUCUGGGAGCUGCCGUCACUCGAUACUCGUACGCAGUGACGACUGGGGUCGGGCUAAAUUUUCCUACCACUGUCUCUGAUGGAAAUAAUGUCUUUGGCCGGUCAAGCACAUUUACGAAUGAGCUCAAGGAUUCAUCAAAGCGCCACGGAGAGGCCACCGAGCCUGGGUGCAUUCAUGACGAACGAAAUGGCGCAAGUGUGCAUCAACGGUCAGCUUUGAAAAGACUGCUUGUCUUUUUUAAGACCGAGCCAGAUUUUGCUCGUCGUCUUCUUGACAAGAUGGUGCAUGGUUCGAAACGAUCAUUGACAUCAGACUGUUCGCAAGAGAGAGAGGGAUAUAUCGAGCUGAGUGACUUUAAAGCAGUUUUUGUGGAAUGUGGCGUACUGCUGAGAAACAUCCAUUUAGUUCAAAGUAACAGUAACUUUUAUGAUGAAAACCAUCCUAUUUUCUUUUAA